GUUUGAAAUUAAUUUCCGCUAGACACGGCCAAAUAUUUAUUAAACAGACCUUAAAGCCGGCCUUUAAAGUAUAUAUUACCGGUUCGAAGUAUCAUGGAAGUGUCUCUGCGCAAUUUUCGGAUUUUUAGCCGGUUUAUGCGUAAUUCGUCUUCAGUUACAUCAUGUAGGCAAGUUUCAGGUAUUACUGGAACAUCAGUAAAGGAAGAGGUCGACACGGCACUGGUGAACGCUUACAAUGCCGAUAUUAAAGCAGGAGGGGCAGUCCCCGUGUUCCGUCGAGCCUUGCUGUUCCCCUCACGCGUGGCUCUCCAGGAUGAGGAGGGGAUAUACACCUACGCUGGCCUGCAUCAGGCUGCCAGUCAGCUCAGCCAAGAAAUCUCUACACAGCUGGCGGCCGACGGCGAGAAGACAAUCUGCUACAUGUGCGGAAACAACGCGUCCCACGUUAUCGUACAGUGGGCUAUCUGGAUGUCGGGGAACAUUGCCGUGCCCUUUACCCCGCUCCACCCUCCGGAGAUGCUCAAAUACUUCCUACAAGACAGCGCAGCGAGUCUAGUCAUAUGCACCAAUGAAUACGAUAGUAUUCUCCGCCCACUGGCUAAGGACAUAAAGAAACCUCUACUAGUCACUGGAAAGGACAAGGAGAUAACCGCUCAGUUGUACCAACCCAACAAUUCAUUUUCGUCCAAAGAAGUUACUGACGUGGGAAGAUCUAACUUGUGGUACGGAGAAAAAGACGCGCUACUUAUUUAUACUAGCGGGACCACAAGCAAGCCCAAAGGCGUCGUUUGGACACACUCGAUGCUCAGCGCUCAGAUAGCGUCGCUCCACCUAGCAUGGCGGUAUUCCCGACAAGACGUCGUUUUACACGCGCUGCCGCUGCACCAUAUCCACGGACAACUCAACUCCAUGCUAUCCACCCUCGCGGUUGGCGGCAGAUUACGAAUGUUACCAUCCUUCGUGUCGCACACCGUGUGGGCACGUCUCCUCGGGAUGGGUGAACGGGAAGAAACUAAAGUGACCGUAUUCCACGGAGUGCCGGCGAUGUACGCGCGCCUCGCCGCCGACCACGAGAAGAUGUUCCAAACGCCGAAAACUGCAGAAUACGUCAAGACCACACUACAGAGGAUGAGACUCAUGUGUGCCGGCUCCGCGCCGCUGCCGGAGUCGCUGUUCCAUAAAUGGGAACAGAUAUCAGGCCAGCGUCUGCUAGAACGCUACGGCAUGUCCGAAGUUGGCAUGGCGCUCUCCAACGCAUACCGGCCGAUCUCGGCGCGUGCCGUCGGAUGCGUCGGCAUGCCGCUGCCCGGAGUCUCAGCGCGUAUUGCCACCAAUGUUAAUGGGGAGCUGAAACCUGUUGUCACUGUGACAGCGCCACCCGUGGAUACUACGAUAUAUGUAGAAGAAUCCGCCCAGGACUCCAAAGACACUGAUGACAGUUGGACCACAGCUGAGGUGACCAAACACAUGGACACUGACUGUCAGGGCGAGCUGUUGCUUAAGGGUCCCGGAGUAUUCUCAAGAUACUACAACCGGAACCGAAAAUCGGACGAUUUCACCCCCGACGGCUGGUUCCUUACGGGCGACACGGCCGCAUUCACCGACAACUUCAAGAUCCUCGGCAGAACCUCUGUUGACAUCAUUAAGACCGGUGGAUACAAGGUGAGCGCUCUCCAAGUGGAGUCUGCCAUACUGGAGCACCCCAGCAUCGCGGACGCAGCGGUCUUAGGGACCGAAGACCCGAGCUACGGCGAACUUGUCUCCGCGGUCGUCGUUCUCAAAGACCAGGCCACCAUGACUUUGCAGGAAUUGAAAGAGGACGCGAGCAAGCGUCUCGCGCCGUACCAGGUGCCCAGAAAGCUGUUGGUGGUGAAAGAAAUGCCGAGAAACGUGAUGGGGAAACUAGACAAGAAGAAAAUACGGGAAUUGUAUGGUGAGGAGUUGAAGAUGUAAG